ACACACAGACUCCCGGGAAUGAGUCUCCAGAAGCGGCCGAUGUCUGUGACAAACUCCCGGCUCCGGAGAAGCGGAGCUGCGCGGCCUUCCCGGAGGUGGGUCCGCCCCUGCAGGCAGCGCUUUGCCCGCGUCGUACUCCAGGCUCGGGCCGCGGCCGGGCCGCGCCGCCCAAACAGCCGCCUCCGGGGCCAGGCACAGCCUUACGGUCGCAGGCGCAGGCCUCCGCAGCCCAGCUCGACCCAGCCCGCUGCGGCCCCCCUGCGCUGGCUCCCGCGGGCAGAGCUCGUCCGCCGCGCGGCCAUGGAGUCCCCGGGCCCGCCACCUACCUGCACUGCCGGCUCCGCGCCCUCCGCUCUGCUAGCCCCCUCGGACGGUGGAAAGAGUAAAGUGAUCUGCUGGGAUUACACUGAGAAAGAGAGAUGGGUGGAUCCUAUACUUAGAAGGGCAGAGGAACUUCAUAUAGCAAAAAGAAUUCAAGAUAUGCUGGGCACAACUGAAAACAGACAUAAACCACAUAGCUGGGAGUUUCACCAAAGUGCCUGUAAAGUACAUGUUCUUGUCUUCUGGGACAACACAAAGGUAACUAACACAAAGCUGCACCAAUGGAAAGGAGGUAACCCAUCUGUCCUAGCAAAGAUGAACUUCCAAAAGAAGUGUUGCUUGGAGUCGUCGUUUGGAGACAGGAAUAACAAGAACUCUGAGAUCCAUACCACGACAGCAAUGGUUUAUUAUGGAAGCCUGCUUAUAUAG